AUGCCCCCGAAAGAGGAACGGGACGUCAGCCCUCAUAAACAUGAGGAACGGGACGUCAGCCCUCAUAAACAUGAGGAACGGGACGUCAGCCCUCAUAAACAUGAGGAACGGGACGUCAGCCCUCAUAAACAUGAGGAACGGGACGUCAGCCCUCAUAAACAUGAGGAACGGGACGUCAGCCCUCAUAAACAUGAGGAACGGGACGUCAGCCCUCAUAAACAUGAGGAACGGGACGUCAGUCCUCAUAAACAUGAGGAACGGGACGUCAGCCCUCAUAAACAUGAGGAACGGGACGUCAGCCCUCAUAAACAUGAGGAACGGGACGUCAGUCCUCAUAAACAUGAGGAACGGGACGUCAGUCCUCAUAAACAUGAGGAACGGGACGUCAGCCCUCAUAAACAUGAGGAACGGGACGUCAGUCCUCAUAAACAUGAGGAACGGGACGUCAGUCCUCAUAAACAUGAGGAACGGGACGUCAGUCCUCAUAAACAUGAGGAACGGGACGUCAGCCCUCAUAAACAUGAGGAACGGGACGUCAGUCCUCAUAAACAUGAGGAACGGGACGUCAGUCCUCAUAAACAUGAGGAACGGGACGUCAGUCCUCAUAAACAUGAGGAACGGGACGUCAGUCCUCAUAAACAUGAGGAACGGGACGUCAGCCCUCAUAAACAUGAGGAACGGGACGUCAGUCCUCAUAAACAUGAGGAACGGGACGUCAGCCCUCAUAAACAUGAGGAACGGGACGUCAGUCCUCAUAAACAUGAGGAACGGGACGUCAGCCCUCAUAAACAUGAGGAACGGGACGUCAGCCCUCAUAAACAUGAGGAACGGGACGUCAGUCCUCAUAAACAUGAGGAACGGGACGUCAGCCCUCAUAAACAUGAGGAACGGGACGUCAGUCCUCAUAAACAUGAGGAACGGGACGUCAGCCCUCAUAAACAUGAGGAACGGGACGUCAGCCCUCAUAAACAUGAGGAACGGGCCACUCACCAUAACAUCUGUCAAGGAAACAAUGGAGGAACUCAAGCAUCCUCCAAUAUUUUUAUAACUCUCACUAAUGACGCAGCCUCCUCUCCCACCUCUCCCUUUAGCUGUGAGAGAGUGGGAGGGAGCAGCUCCUCUCCCACCAUUCCCUCAGCUGUGAGAGAGUGGGAGGGAGCAGCUCCUCUCCCACCAUUCCCUCAGCUGUGA